AGAAGAAAAAAAUGAAGAAAUAAACUGUUUAUACAAUUGCGUACCAGGGGGAGGAAAGAAGACGAUGGGCUAAAGAAAAGAAGAAAGAAGAAAGGAAAUUGGAAACCUAAAUUGUAAAUUGUGUGAGUGAGAAGAAGAUAGGGUGAAAGAAUGAAGAUGGUGAGUUACAACGUGAAUGGCCUGAGACAGCGCAUAUCGCAGUUCGGGUCGCUCCGGAAUCUGCUAAAUUCAUUCGACGCCGACAUCCUUUGUUUUCAGGAGACCAAACUUCGGAGACAGGAACUUACGGCGGACUUGAUCAUGGCGGACGGUUACGAAUCCUUCUUUUCCUGCACCCGCACCUCCCAGAAGGGUCGAACUGGCUAUUCCGGCGUUAUUACGUUUUGUCGUGUAAAAUCAGCAUUUUCUAGUAAUGAAGUGGCAUUGCCACUAGCAGCAGAGGAAGGCUUUACUGGACUUCUGGAAAACUCUCAAACUAGCAAAGAUGAAUUGCCGUUCAUGACAGAUGAUCUAAAGGAAUUUUCAAAAGAUGAGCUUAUAAGUCUUGAUAGUGAGGGGCGAUGCAUUAUCACGGAUCACACUCACUUUGUUCUUUUCAAUGUGUAUGGGCCUCGAGCUGCAAGUGAUGACACCGAGAGGAUUCAGUUUAAGCAAAAAUUUUACAGCGUAUUACAGAAAAGAUGGGAGUCUCUCCUGCAUCAAGGAAGGAGAAUAUGUGUUGUUGGUGAUCUCAAUAUUGCCCCAUUUGCAAUUGAUCGAUGUGAUGCAGGAGCUGAUUUUGAAAAUAAUGAAUUUAGAAAAUGGUUCAAAUCAAUGUUAAUUGAAAACGGCGGUCAAUUUUGUGAUGCCUUCAGAGCUAAACAUCCUGACAGAAGGGAAGCAUACACCUGUUGGUCGCAAAGUACAGGUGCUGAAGUAUUCAACUUUGGGAGUAGAAUUGACCAUAUACUGUUUUCUGGUUCAUGCCUACAUGAAUCAGAUGACCUGCAAUGGCAUAGUUUUGUAAGAUGUCAUGUCAAGGAAUGUGACAUUCUGACACAGUACAAACGGUGUAAGCCUGAAAGCACUCCGAGUGCCCAUAGGUGGAAGGAAGGGCGCAGCAUUAAACUGGAAGGAUCUGAUCAUGCUCCAGUUUUUGUGUCUUUACAUGAAAUUUCUGAGGUCUCUCUGCACAGUACUCCUUCCUUAUCUGCUAGAUAUGUUCCCAUGGUUCACGGCAUACAACAAACUCUGGUGUCAGUGUUGAUGAAAAGGAAAGUUUCUGAACAAAUUAAAUCAUGCAAGAUGGCACAUGAAGACAUUGCAAUCCAUAGUACUUAUGAGGGAGAAGAACCAGUUAACAGAGCUGCUUCAUCUGCAACCAGUCCAAAUGAAUGUCGAAUUCUUCCAAGACAAGUUUAUAAAGGUAGCAUUUUGAAACCAAAUGAACUUUCCGGAGGCUCUUCUCAGGAGGCUGUUUCUAAAUCAGUGAAUGAAAGUGAAAAAUCAAUAAUGCACAAGUGUAAAAAACCCAACAAAAAAGCUAGAAAUAGUCAAUGGUCCCAGCUCUCACUUCGGUCAUUUUUCCAGAGAAGUACAAAUCUUGACAAUGACAUCAAUGGCUCCUCGUAUACUGAUUGCUCAAUUAGUCAGGAUGAACCUUCUCAACCCAACCCUCAGUUACAUGAAACUCCUACAGUGUCUGAUCACAGUAUCAGUCCCAAGCAAUGUUCGUUGGAUACUGAUGCACGUGAUCAGGAUUUAGCUGGGCCAAAGGAUAGUUCCACAAAGGAAGAAAAGAGUAAUGUGGCUUCAUUAGAGUGGCAACGAAUACAACAGUUGAUGCAGAAUAGUAUACCUAUUUGCAAGGGCCAUAAGGAACCUUGUAUAGCUCGGGUGGUGAAAAAACAAGGACCAAAUUUUGGCCGCAGAUUCUAUGUUUGUGCUCGCGCUGAGGGCCCUGCGUCUAAUCCUGAGGCAAACUGCGGUUACUUUGGAUGGGCUUCUUCAAAGUCUAGGAAUAAAUAAUGGAAGAGAAUGGAUGAUUCAUAAAUCCGCCUUCAUCCAACUUUCUUUCAUAACGACUAUGUGGAGCUGAAAUACCAGUUUUGCAUGAUUAUGAUCAUUUCUAAGUUCCUUCAAGGAUGUGUUAGCAUUAUUUUAAAUAUAAAAUAAAUAUUAUAGCAUUUUCAGUUCCUAUUUUUAAGGAACAUAAAGUGGUCCAUUAAGCCAUUAUUUUUAUGCUUUUAACUGCAUAGAGGUUAUAGAGCAGUUAUUAAUUUUUAAACGUAAAGCCCAUUUAUUUUGAAACCUGUGAUGGCCAGACUUUAUAUAAGGGAAUGGGUUACUCUCAGUUUUGAUCACUAAGCCUACUCCUCUAUUCAGAAAAACACACCAUCGAGUUUGAGUGAGUCAAGGUUUAGAAAACAAAGCUGUCUUGUGUUUAGAUUUACAAAAUUGCAAUGGCAGGAGGUACGCACAUUAUUCUUUCAUUUUUUCUUCCGCUGUUUUUGAUCUGAAUGUGUUACUGUGAUGUUAAUAUAACAUGUUUAGGUCAAUUUCAUACUCUGC